AUGAGGGGAUAUAAAGUCAGUUGCUCCGGUACAGAGAGCUCUCUGACACAGUGCACACUGACAGAAUAUGUCAGGACCAGCAGUGAUCAUAUGAACGAUGCAUCUGUGGUUUGUUCAGGUAUUGUUAAAUUGGCUGGUGGGCCUAACCGCUGUGUUGGAAGAGUGGAGCUCUAUGACAAAGGCCAGUGGGGGGCAGUGUGUGGUGACUCCUGGGACAUGUUUGAUGCAGCAGUGGUGUGUCGAGAGCUGAACUGUGGGAUGGCUCACAAAAUCACCACCACGCCCAAAUAUGGUCAUGGCACAGGACCGGUCUGGACUGAUCAGAUUGACUGCCGUGGACAGGAGUCCAUACUGUCUGUUUGCCCACGAAGUUCAUUUAGCAACAACACUUGCAACAUCAACUCAGUUGCUGGUGUCACCUGUACAGAGGGUUUGGCAAUCCGAUUAGUCAAUGGUAACAAUCGCUGUGCUGGCAGAGUAGAAGUUUUCAGUGGUGGAGUGUGGGGAACAGUAUGUGACACAGAUUGGACCAGGACUAAAGCGAAGGUGGUGUGUGAGCUGUUGGAGUGUGGAAGGUCUGCAAAGGUUCCUGAGGGUGCUGAGUUUCUUCAAGGCACUGGACCAGUGAUGGAAGCAACUGAUUCAUGUUUUACCAAUGUGACAUCUCUUGAACAAUGCUCAGUCAGAGGUUUCAGAAAUUCCACAUGUGGACAUGAAAAGGACGCUGGUGUUGUUUGUGCAGGUGAUCCAACCUUACGACUGGUCAAUGGUACUGACCGAUGUUCAGGCAGAGUGGAGGUUCUGUAUAAUGGUCUGUGGGGAACAGUGUGUGAUGAUGGCUGGGACAUCAAAGAUGUGGAUGUGGUCUGCAGAGCCAAGAACUGUGGAAGUGCCCAGAAAGCCAAGUCCAGUGCCUUCUUCGGUGAAGGUCAGGGACCCAUUUGGCUGGAUGAUGUCGAAUGUUUUGGUAAUGAGUCCUCCCUUUCACACUGUGGACGCAUCUUGUUUGGACGAAGUAACUGUGGCCAUAGUGAGGAUGCUGGUGUGGUGUGUUCAGCUUCCAUCAGACUGGUCAAUGAGACAGACCGGUGUUCAGGCAGGGUGGAGGUCUACCAUGAUGACCAGUGGUUACCAGCCCUUAACUUUAACUGGGGAAUGAAUGAAGCAACAGUGUUUUGCAGAGAGAUGAAUUGUGGAGAUGCUGCACAGUUUUCAGGAUCAUCUUCUCAGGUUGAAGAACUGAGAGGAUUUAAAGUCAGUUGCACCGGUACAGAGAGCUCCCUGACACAGUGCACACUGACAGAAUAUGUCAGAACCAGCAGUGAUCAUAUGAACGAUGCAUCUGUGGUUUGUUCAGGUCCUCUUAAAUUGAGUGGUGGGCCCAACCGCUGUGUUGGAAGAGUGGAGUUGUAUGAGAAUGGACGGUGGGGGACAACAUGUGGCGAUUCCUUGAACAUGAAUAAUGCAGCAGUGGUGUGUCGACAUUUGAAUUGUGGGAUGAUUCAUAAAAUCACCACGACCCCUCUCUUUGGUACUGGGACAGGACAGGUCUGGACUGAGGAUUAUGUAUGUAAUGGACAGGAGUUAACAAUGUCACAGUGUGCAGUAAGACCAUCUAGAGCCAGGACUUGUAACAUGAACUCAGUUGCUGGUGUCAUCUGCACAGAUGGUUUGACAGUCCGAUUGGUCAAUGGUAAUGAUCAGUGCUCAGGCAGAGUUGAGGUUCGUAAUGGUGAAGUGUGGGGAACAGUGUGUGACACAGACUGGACCAUGAAUAAAGCUCAAGUGGUGUGUGACCUGUUGGACUGUGGACAUGCUGUCAGUGUUCCUGGUGGUGCCCACUUUCAUCAAGGCACUGGACCAGUGAUGGAAGCAACUGAUUCAUGUUUUACUAAUACCACAUCCCUUGACAAAUGCUCAGCUAACGGUUUCAGAGCUUCAACAUGUGGACAUGAGAAGGAUGGUGGUGUUAUUUGUGCAGCACAGAUUCGGUUGGUCAAUGGCGACAGUGAAUGCUCUGGUAGAGUGGAGAUCUUCCAUGAAGGUCAAUGGGGAACUGUGUGUGAUGAUGACUGGGGUCUUCCUGAUGCCAUGGUGGUAUGCAGACAGCUGGGAUGUGGUCAUGCAAUUAAUGCACAUUCUGGUUCCCACUUUGGGAGUGGCAGUGGUCCAAUAUGGCUGGAUGAUGUGAUGUGUGGAGGCGAAGAACUAUUUCUAACACAUUGUCGCCACAAUGGUUUUGGAAAAAAUAACUGUGGGCACCAUGAGGAUGCAGGUGUUACCUGUGUUGCUUCCAUCAGACUGGUCAAUGGGACAGACCGGUGUUCAGGCAGGGUGGAGGUCUACCAUGAUGACCAGUGGUUACCAGUCCUUAACUUUAACUGGGGAAUGAAUGAAGCAACAGUUCUUUGCAAAGAGAUCAACUGUGGAGAUCCUGUACAGUUUUCAGGAUCAUCUUCUCAGGUUGAAGAACUGAGAGGAUAUAAAGUCAGUUGCUCCGGUACAGAGAGCUCUCUGACACAGUGCACACUGACAGAAUAUGUCAGAACCAGCAGUGAUCAUAUGAACGAUGCAUCUGUGGUUUGUUCAGGGUACAUUUAUAUUACAUGA